AACAUGUUUGGAAAUGAGAACAAAUGGCACAAAGCUUACGAUUGCACUUUGCAGCCAGAAGAAGUAAUACUUAUCCUUUGUCGGAAACCUCCGGAGAUGAUUUGGAUAGCAGUGUUCCCAUGUACUUCAAAAGACCAACACGGAUUUCAACGUCUAACGUUGUUCAAAUGAAGCUGACUCCCAGACAGACUGUACUACCUCCGUUAAUAAAGGAAAACGUUAAGUCUCAGGAGAGAUCAUCUGCUCCUUCACCUGAAAAUGUUAAUAAAAAGAGCAGCUGUCUACAGAUUUCACUACAGCCGACAAGGUACAGUAGAUGUCUUCAGUCUAGCAGUGUGGUAGCUGAUGGUGAUGUUGCUUCCUUUACCUGUGUCCUGAAGGACGGCAUUUACAGCAGUGCUGUGGUUGAUAACGAACUGAAUGCUGUGAGUGAUGGCAACCUUUUUAGCAGCUCUGCCAUUUGCAGUGGUAACCUUAGUAACUUUUCGACCAGUGAGCACGGGUCUUACAACAGCAACGGUAGUGAUUAUGGGUCGUGCACAAGUAUCGCGAGUGGAGGUUCUUACACCAACAGUAUCACCAGUGACAGCAGUGGUUAUACUUUUCCACCUGCUGACGAUACCUUUUUUGGUAGAAAUGUAUAUUCUGACAGUACCUCGAAUAGAAGUGUGCCCAACAGGAAUACUACUCCAUGUGAAAUUUUUUCAAGAAGUUCGAGUACAAUUCCUUUUGUCCAGGAUGACUUGGAACAUGGACUAGGGAUUAUGAAGUUGCCAGUGAGUGGGAACUCGAAAAUUCCACUGAAACGUUGUUCAUCCUUAGUCAUUUUUCCUAGGAGUCCUUCAAACACCCCACCAACUUCUCCAACAAGUACAGGUACUCUUCCAAGCAAAGGAUCCUAUCAAACCUCACACCAGUUUAUUAUUUCUCCCAAUGAAACUGCCCACAAUGAGGACGGUACCAGUGCGAAGGGAUUUCUUUCAACAGCUGUCAAUGGACUCCGGUUAUCUAAAACAAUCUGUGCUCCUGGAGAAGUAAGAGAUAUUCGGCCACUUCACAGGAAGGGCUCAUCACAAAAGAAAAUUGUUAUUGCAAAUAAUAGUUCAAAUCAGACUACCUUUGAAAAGUCCUCUGAAGGAUAUUCUUGUGUUUCAGUGCAUUUCACCCAACAAAAAACUUCGUUAGAUUGUGAAGCAGCAAAUGGUGAUCGUAAACCAGAGAUGUCAUAUGUUAAGCUUAAUUCUGAUUCAGAGUAUAUUAAGCCUGUGCAUAGGACACCUUCAUCCUCCCAAAAUAUAGAUUAUCAAAUAAACACCAGUGGACAGUUGGAAAGACCAAAUUUACAGAUAAACAAAAGCCACGCUAUUUUGCAAAGAAGUAUUUCAUUGGGAGGAACUUACCCAAACGUUUCCUGUUUGUCCAGCCUUAAGCACAAUUGUUCUAAAGGGGGACCACCUCAAUUACUCAUCAAGUUUGCAUCUGGAAAGGAAGGUAAAGUUGCUAAUUUACCAAGAGACAGCAACAGAGAUUUCACAAAUGAACUGUCUGAUUCUUCAAAGCAUUCUUGUAAGACAAGAGAUGAUUUCCUAGGUCAAGUGGAUGUUCCUCUUUACCCAUUACCGACAGAAAAUCCAAGAAUGGAGAGACCAUAUACAUUUAAGGAUUUUGUUCUUCACCCAAGAAGUCACAAAUCAAGAGUUAAAGGCUAUCUGAGAUUAAAAAUGACGUAUCUACCUAAAAGCAGUGGCUCAGAAGAAGAUAAUGCAGAACAGGCUGAGGAAUUAGAGCCUGGCUGGGUUGUUUUGGACCAACCAGAUGCUGCUUGCCAUUUGCAGCAGCAACAAGAACCUUCUCCUCUACCUCCGGGAUGGGAAGAGAGACAGGAUGUUCUUGGAAGGACCUACUAUGUAAACCAUGAAUCUAGACGAACACAGUGGAAAAGACCAACCCUUCAGGACAACCUAACAGAUGCCGAGGAUGGUAACAUUCAGCUGCAAGCACAGCGUGCAUUUACCACCAGGCGGCAGAUAUCCGAGGAAACGGAAAGUGUGGACAACCGAGAGUCGUCCGAGAACUGGGAAAUUAUAAGAGAAGAUGAAGGUAUCAUGUAUAGCAAUCAGGCCUUAUCACCUCUACCAUCAAAUAACUUGGAUGUCCAGAUUCAGCUUGCAGAAGAAUUGAAUGCCUUACUUGCUAUUUCUGGAAAUUCAGCCACUGGACAGCCAGUAUCCAGCUCAAAUCAUUCCAGCAGAAGAGGCAGCUUACAAGCCUAUACUUUUGAGGAACAGCCUACACUUCCUGUGCUUUUGCCUACUUCAUCUGGACUACCACCAGGUUGGGAAGAAAAACAGGAUGAAAGAGGAAGACUGUAUUAUGUAGAUCACAAUUCCAGAACCACCACGUGGACAAAGCCCACUGUACAGGCCACAGUGGAGACCAGUCCGCUGCCCUCAAGUCCGAGCGGUUCUGCAGGCCCGCAACCACAGGUCCCCCCAAGUGCUUCCGCACCGCAGGCAAUUCAGCCGUCUGAAAUGGAGCAAGGAUUUCUUCCGAAAGGCUGGGAACUCCGGCACGCACCAAAUGGGAGGCCUUUCUUUAUUGACCAUAACACCAAAACCACCACCUGGGAAGAUCCAAGACUGAAAAUUCCAGCUCACCUGAGAGGAAAGGCAUCGCUCGAUCUUUCCAAUGACCUGGGGCCUUUACCUCCAGGAUGGGAAGAAAGAACUCACACAGAUGGAAGAAUCUUCUACAUAAAUCACAAUAUAAAAAGAACACAAUGGGAAGAUCCUCGGUUGCAGAAUGCAGCAAUAACUGGACCAGCAGUGCCCUACUCCAGGGAUUAUAAAAGAAAGUAUGAGUUCUUCCGAAGAAAGUUGAAGAAGCAGAAUGACAUUCCAAACAAAUUCGAAAUGAAGCUUCGCCGUGCAACUGUUCUUGAGGAUUCCUACAGGAGAAUUAUGGGUGUCAAGAGAGCGGACUUCCUCAAGGCUCGACUGUGGAUUGAGUUUGAUGGUGAAAAAGGAUUAGAUUACGGAGGAGUCGCCAGAGAAUGGUUCUUCCUGAUCUCAAAGGAGAUGUUUAACCCUUAUUAUGGGUUGUUUGAAUAUUCUGCUACGGACAAUUAUACCCUACAGAUAAAUCCAAAUUCUGGAUUGUGUAAUGAAGAUCACCUCUCUUACUUCAAGUUUAUUGGCCGGGUAGCGGGAAUGGCAGUAUAUCAUGGCAAAUUGUUGGAUGGUUUUUUCAUCCGCCCAUUUUACAAGAUGAUGCUUCACAAACCAAUAACACUUCAUGAUAUGGAAUCAGUGGAUAGUGAAUAUUACAAUUCACUAAGAUGGAUUCUUGAAAACGAUCCAACAGAGCUGGACCUCAGGUUUGUCAUAGAUGAAGAGCUUUUUGGACAGACACAUCAGCAUGAGUUGAAAGUUGGUGGAUCAGAAAUAGUUGUCACCAAUAAGAACAAAAAGGAAUAUAUUUACCUUGUAAUACAGUGGCGAUUUGUGAAUCGAAUCCAGAAGCAAAUGGCUGCUUUUAAAGAGGGAUUUUUUGAACUAAUACCACAAGAUCUUAUCAAAAUUUUUGAUGAAAAUGAACUCGAGCUUCUUAUGUGUGGAUUGGGAGAUGUCGAUGUGAAUGACUGGAGAGAACACACCAAGUAUAAAAAUGGCUACAGCGUCAAUCACCAAGUCAUCCAGUGGUUUUGGAAGGCUGUUUUAAUGAUGGAUUCAGAAAAAAGAAUUAGGUUACUUCAGUUUGUCACUGGCACAUCUCGGGUACCUAUGAAUGGAUUUGCUGAACUGUAUGGCUCAAACGGACCACAAUCUUUUACAGUUGAGCAGUGGGGUACCCCUGAAAAGCUGCCAAGAGCCCACACAUGCUUUAAUCGCUUGGAUCUGCCACCCUAUGAAUCAUUUGAAGAAUUAUGGGACAAACUUCAGAUGGCAAUUGAGAACACUCAGGGCUUUGAUGGAGUCGAUUAGAUUACAAAUAACAAUCUGCAGUGUGUUGCUGCCACUUCUUUUUAUAAGUAAAUUCUUGACUUAAGAUUUUCCAGGGAACUACUAACACUUAGCCAUCGAUUCUUCCCAGAUAUUGGAGCAAAUCAUACAAAAGCAUUAGAAGCAGUAGUGCGACAACUUUACCAGUACUUCAUCCACUUUUAAAUAAUAUGUUGCAUUUACACAGUGUUUCCUUCUGUCGUUAGAGUUCACACUCCAGGACCUACGUCCUUCGUGCCUGAAAUAGUGAAUUGUGUCCUUAACAUUUACCUCUUUUCCGGUGUUUGCCAGGCAGUCCUUUCUUAAACUACUGAAAUUAUAACUGUGAAAUGUUUGUGAUAAGUGUCAUGUGUGAAGAGCUUAUGCUUUCUGAAAAGGAAAACUGAGAUUUGGAAAAGGACACUUUAAUAUCCAGUAAACAACACUAUAUUUAGCGCUGCCUGCAGCUGUUUAUUACUCGGUGGACCUGCCUAUGCACCUUACUGCCCGGAAUUUUGGAAAAACCUUGGAAAGUGUGUUAGCUAUAUUUUUAGUCAACUGACUCACUGGCAAAAAAAAUUGUUUACUUCUUCAUUUAAAAAGUUCUUGGUGUCUGUUAGUAUGUGGCUUUACUGAACAAACUGGUAUAUAAGACACGGGAAGCAAAUUCAGAUUUGCAAAGGGUGAAAAAUACUAACGCCGCCCUCUUGCCUGCACAUCCUCGAAUCCUCGUGGUUCGUUGCUGUAGUCUUCACUCUCUCAUGUUGUAGUUUAGUUAAAAGAAUUCCUUGUUUCAACAUUAAACUAAAGCACCACAAAGCAGUAUUUCUAAGUAUGCCUCAAAGAACUAAGUGAAAUAUAUAGUACUUGCCUUUACUAGUCAUUCUUUACACUUGCACAAUUAUGUAGUAACUAUAUGUUUACAGAGUUUAUUAUGUUUACACAUUAUGCUAAUUUCUGUAGUUGCCUUUUUAUAUUUUUAGUAUGUCACUUUAGUCAAAAAACCAAAAAAUAUGUUAAAAAAUAACCAAAGAAUAGUUAUAAUGCAUAAUUUGUAUUAAAUUUAUUACCAUAUUUCUUAUGCUUUUAAAAAAUACUGUUUACUAUGAAAAGGAUGAUAUUUUACUAUAAACCCAAAACUCUUUUAGCAAACUGUCACAAGAUAGCAUUUUACUUUAAUCAAAUAGAAGAACAUGAAAACCAUGUACAUGGGUUCAACAAACAUUUAUCGAGGGCCUGCCGGGCGCAGAGCUCUGCACUAGGCCCUGGGGCGAGAGUGGUCAGCUUCCCCAAACUGAGUUCAGUCCUCAGCCUCAGGGAACCGACAGGUGUGGCCAUGAGUUUUUAAACAAUGGAAGUAGGAGGGGCAAGUGGAAUGAAGCACAAGGGAAAGUGUUUCAGCAUACCCGUCAAAGAGCAUGCCCAGGCUGUGUUGAUAUGUUUCAUCUCUAUUUUGGAGGGAUUGUAUAGAAACUGCUCUUGUGGAAAGUUAAACCUAUUUCCCCAUAUGGUAUCCUGGGGAUUUAGGAAUAAUUGUAAAUAUUAUAUAAAUGUUAGGAAUCCUCCUACACAUGUGCAUAUAUACUCUGAGAACUAUAAACAGUGCUUCUGGCUGUUUCAGUCGGUGCAGUGUAAUACCGUGGGUCCCUGGCAGCACCGGCAGAGACCUCACACAUGACAGUAGCAAAACCACUUUGCAAACAGCUUGACUUAGGGGAGGUGACUCACAAAAGGACACACCUUGUGUUUUUAGUGCUUUUGUGCUAACCAGUGCUCGGGUGAGACCUCCAGGGGUAGCCCUAAUUUUAUCACUUCUCUGCUGUUGGAACUGAAGCGACUUAUUCAGCCUCUCUGGGCUCCACUUUUAUCAUCUGUCAAAUGAGAAUCAUCAUGCCCACUCUCACUGUUGCAUAAGAUUGUUGUUCCAGAGAGGUGUUUGGCAAACUAUCAUGCGAUCCGAACAUGCUUUGUGCUGACCAUCAGAUUUUGUCAAAUCAGAUGUGGACACUAACUGUACUCCUAAAGAGGAAUCUCUUUAUUUAAAAAUAACAUGCCUGCUGAUAGGCAAGGAAGUAGGAACAUCUCUGAUACUGAAUACACACACACAUGUUUAACUAGACACAUACAGAUGUUUAGCUAGACAUGGAUCUUGCCACCAGAAUCCAUUUUCUCCACAUCAGCAAAGUAAUUAACAUGGGCCAGUGCAUUUUGGAAUGUCCUCCUUAUGUAGAACUGAAUGUGAAAACUAUUUUUGUUAAAGCGGGAUUUUAUCACAUGACUGUUUAACUAUCACUUAUGUGAAAUACCAUAGCAGAUACCAGAGCUUGAGAAAAUGUAAAGCUUGCAUUUCAUCUGACUGAUAUUCAUUUGGAUGAUCCUGUGACUCAGAUAAACCAGGGUGUCGAUGAGACCAGGCUCACUCUCACCAGCCCCCAGCCACAGACCACCACGCCCUCCGUCUCCCCGAUGGGGGCCGGCCGUCUGGAAGGAACCUGCAUCAAGCAACACAGUCCCUCACCCCAGACAGAAAAGUAUCUCCAAUGCAUUCUAUGGCUGGAGAGUAAGUAGGGUCAUUUUCUUAAAGCAAGGAUGUCAUAUUUUUCUAGAAAGUAUAAGCACAUAUUUUUAGCCUAUAUUUUCUCUGCAAUCAAAUUUUAACAGACAUAAAAUUGUAUUACAAGUGCAUUUCAUCCUAACUCAAACUUAAAUGGUAUUUGUUUUCAUUUUUUAUUUGUAAUACUGGAAUUAUUCCAUGCAAUUUUCAAGUUUAACACAGUUUGUGCUGAUUCCAAGCCAUUUGUCCUUGUUUUUAAAAAUCUGACAUGGUAAAUAUAUUUCAA